UAGAAUAGCAAACUGUUUUAUUUGAUAAAAUUUCGUCCAAAGUAUGCAUUCUCUGAAUGAUCGUGCAAGUGAUAAGUUUGUCAGGUGCGUGCGCUGUUUUACCGAUAGAUCUGUUAACCUCGUCGAAGUCUGACUGAGCAGUUUAAAACUUCAUCAGCUGCUUCUUAAAUUGAUACACUUCGAACUAACAACAACAAUUUAAUAACCUUUAACAAUGUUAAAUAAGUGUUAAAUAACACGGUGCAAUUGGAAUUACACGUGCGGGAAAACGAGACCGACAGUAACUGGAAAGAGUCAUGGCAGCAAAGUUGUUUUUAAGGAGCUUGCGGAGCCUGCGCUCCAUGAACGUCAGCUGUUACACCACAUGGAGUAAGUCAAAGCAUUUAAGGCACGUUGGAGCCGGUUUAUUAACGGGAUUCGCAGUGUACGGUAUAUCUGGCAUCUCGGUUCUGGCAGCGCGGAAUGACCUGCCUAAUUACGUUGAAACCUUCAUGGCACAGCCUAUCACGACCGUCGAGAAGUUGCAGAAGAGCCGAAACAGUAUGAGAACAAAAAUGGAACUGAUGGUGAUGAAAACGCAGGCGGAUUUCUGCAGGGCACUGGAGUCGCUUGAGAGCAACGGGUCCGUGUUCAAGGUGGACCGCUGGGCCAGGAAGGAAGGCGGCGGCGGUGUCACCUGCGUGCUGCAGGAUAGCCAGGUGUUCGAGAAGGCUGGCGUCAAUGUCUCCGUGGUGACCGGCGUGCUGCCGCCGAGUGCCGUUCAGCAGAUGAGAGCACGCGGCAAGAGGAUGGAGGAUUCGGUGCAGUUCUUCGCGGCCGGCGUGAGCGCGGUGAUUCAUCCCCGCAAUCCGAUGAUCCCUACGAUUCACUUCAACUACCGUUACUUCGAGGUAGAAAAUCCGGACGGGACUACUCAGUGGUGGUUCGGCGGUGGUACGGAUCUCACUCCGUACUACCUGAACGAGGCGGACGUCAGGCACUUCCACAGGACGUUGAAGGCCGCGUGCGACAAGCACGACCCGUCCUACUAUGCCAAGUUCAAGCAGUGGUGCGAUAAUUACUUCUUUAUCGCGCACCGAGGCGAACGGCGCGGCGUGGGCGGAAUAUUCUUUGAUGACCUGGACACGCCGAGUCAAAGCGAGGCGUUUCAAUUCGUGACUUCCUGCGCCGAGUCGGUCAUUCCGUCGUACAUACCUCUGGUAGAGAAACACAAAAACGACGGCUACGGAUACGGCGAAAGACGGUGGCAACUGUUACGGCGAGGCAGAUACGUCGAGUUUAAUUUGAUCUACGAUCGUGGCACCAAGUUCGGCCUGUAUACGCCCGGUGCACGAUACGAGAGUAUACUCAUGUCGCUACCGUUGAACGCGAAGUGGGAGUACAUGCAUGAACCCAAGGUUGGUUCGAAGGAGUCACAACUGCUGGAGGUGCUAAGAAAUCCGAAAGACUGGUUACUCGAAGCAAAGUCGGACGGCACGUAAAUGUAAACUGUAAUAAUUCCGAAUUUUUUUUUCUUAACAGAAAUUGUGGAAAGAUGUAAAAUAAUGUUAUAAAUAUAUAUAAUGUUUUAUAUAUAAUCUUCUCUUAGAAUAACGAGUGUAUGGAUCAGUAAAAUUUAAUGGAAGGAAA